GCGAAAGGCUUAUCGAGAGCUCACUCAGAGAAGAAGUGAUAAACCCUAAAUAUAAAAUCGAUUUCUCGUCCAUCUCUCUGUUGUCAAAGCUCUGUGUAGGCGGAACUACAAGAACGAGAACAUCUUUCAGAUCCGAGCUUAUCAUUUUACUUGCCCUUAACCAUGUCGAGGAGAAAGACGAGAGAGCCGAAAGAAGAGACAGUGACUCUCGGACCAGCUGUUCGUGAUGGGGAGCAAGUCUUUGGUGUUGUCCACAUCUUCGCUUCUUUCAACGACACUUUCAUUCACGUUACUGAUUUGUCUGGACGUGAAACCCUUGUCCGUAUCACUGGCGGAAUGAAGGUGAAGGCUGACAGGGAUGAGUCCUCACCAUACGCAGCUAUGCUUGCUGCUCAAGAUGUUGCUCAGCGUUGCAAGGAGCUUGGAAUCACCGCUAUGCACGUGAAGCUCCGUGCCACUGGUGGAAACAAGACCAAGACACCUGGUCCUGGUGCUCAGUCCGCUCUUAGAGCUCUUGCCCGUUCUGGCAUGAAGAUUGGCCGCAUUGAGGAUGUUACUCCAGUCCCAACGGACAGUACCCGCCGAAAGGGUGGAAGGAGAGGAAGGAGGCUCUGAGUUUUUUCUUUUUGGCUUGGGCAAUUUAGCUCUUUGAUUCAGUUUGUCAGAACAAUGUUUUCUUCAGUUUUGUGAAAGAGUUUCGAAGUUUAAUGCUUUUUGUUGUGGAACAACAUUUCCUGUUAAAAUUCAGUCUAUGGCGUUUGCGAAUGAUUUCAAUAGUUAUUGGUUUUAAAAGUCAUCA